AUGCUUCUGAUGAAGGGACUUGAAGAAGAAGGUGGAGGAAAUGAAGCUUCGCCACUGACCUCGGAGGGAAGAGGUUCCACUCCGAUUGCGCCCAACCAAGCUGAACAGGGAGUCUUGGAUAUAUGGAGCCCAGAUUUUGAAAGACACGACGAACUCGAUGUCUGGUCUCCUCACCAUGACGACUCCUGGCAUUCCCUUCGUCCUCCACCAGGCCCUCCAGAUGUCGCCACCAUAGGUUCUUCACCUCCGGGUCCAUCUCUCCAACAGCCAGAUCUACCUCCAACUCCUUCACAUUGGCUCAACAAUCCAAAGCUCCUCGGAAUAUCUAUUCUCGUUGAUAUCAAGAGCGGAGACCAUUGCACGACCAACAAGCGAACUGGGCUGUUUGUGAAGUCGGUGGGGGGACAUAAAGUCCGGUAUCAUAAGACAAAGCAUAUAUUCUACGACAUCCCGCUAGAGUAUGUCGAUCAUUACCGCAAUCGACCGAGGUGCGACUCCCUGAUGAUUGUUGCGAGAUCCGAUGGGGAUGAACACACGGGGAAGCUCAUCCGCUUUGUCGAGGCAUUUUACACUGGCUCAGGAACUGCAGAAAAGCGAUGGAUUCUUUGUGCUGUCGUUGAUGGCGUCGGUCGAGGUUCGCACAUGAUGGGGGAAUUUCUUGAGUUGACAAUGGAACAGGUAGAGGUUGUUUGGGAACCAGACAGGAAUUGGGCGAAUGCUUCGCUCAUGAGAGAUAUCCGGAUCCUUGUCGGACAGAAGAAGAAACGUCGAAGACCCGGCACAGUUACUUACACAAACCUCACUGCAUUCGUCAAAUCCGACCAUACUUCUUCGGAUCCCGCGCCCGCGCCCACGUCUACGUGA